AGCAGAAGUGGAAACGCGUGAAAAAGGAAGAGACAAGUUAAAUAUGACUGACUGACUCGAGUUAUGUGUGAAUGAUGCCCACUCUGAUCACCUCAAACACCUGCUGCUGCGCAGCGACUGACGCCCGUUCCGCCCUCUCGCGCCGCGUCCGACCCCCCAUCCCCCCACCCCUGCGCCCUCCGUCGCCCGCAGAGCCAAUCACCCGCGGCUGCUGGAAGUAGGACAAACCGCUUCCUGGUUGCGGGUUUAAGGAGGAGCGGCAGGAGUUCGUCAGGAGCGGGUCAGAACCGGCGCACAAGCGGAUCGAACCAGUGACAGCACUAACCCGACAAAGAUCAGGCGCUACCGGAGACCGAACCGCGGAGCCGGUGCGCGCGAGGUCGACGCGCGUCACAUUCAGGAAGUAGGAGAGCACCGGCCGUCAGGUGGGACGCGACGCGGCGGGGAAACUCAGGUGACACCGGCUCAGAACUGAUCGCGAGGAACAGACGUGUAAAGUGGACAUCUGUACGUUUAUGGACUGGAGGUGGCGAUGUCUCCAGGAGAGGACGGUCUAAUCGGGAUUCCCUUCCCGGAGCACAGCAACGAGCUCCUGUCCCGUCUCAAUGCUCAGCGGCGGACGGGGCUGCUCUGUGACCUCACGCUGACCUCGCGCGGCACCCGAUACCCGACACACCGCUCCGUCAUGGCCGCCGUCAGUCUGUACUUCCGCCGUCUGUUCGGGGCAGAGGAGGGCGAGGACGGAGGCGAGGGGGUCGGCGACAGCUGUAGCGUGUGCCAGUUAGACUGCGUGUCUCCCGACGCGCUGGCAGCGCUGCUGGAGUUCGCCUACACCGCCACACUGACCAUCCGCAGCUCGUGCAUGCGGGAAGUCCUGAAGGGGGCGCAGCUGUUGGGCAUUCAGUGCGUGGCGGACGCCUGCAGGGACAUUUUGGGCGAGUCGGGCGAGGAUCCGACAGACCCCGUGGGAGAGGCGGAACGGCUACCGUCCCGUCGUAAACAGCACCGAUGUUCUGUGGUCAGAGCGUCGUCCCCCGUGCGACCGGCUUGGAGAAAUUCCCAGCAGGAUGCACCACUCGUAUCUGAGUACAGCCUGCUUCCCACGCAAGGGCGAGAAGGACACCCGCCUGCUGCCAUCGGGCAAGACGGAGCGACGCACCGGGGCGCACUGAUGAACGGAGGUUCUCGCUGGCCACAGGAGUCGACCCUGAUCCCGCACCGACCCGAAGACCCGCCGUCAGAUGAAGACGAGUCGGGCCUGCAAGGACGGGCUACGCCCCACACCAACCAAUCGCCAGGGGAAGGAGGAAAGGGCGGAGUAAUGGUGGUAGGUGGCAGGAAGAGGAAGUCUCAGACGCCACAGCAGUGUCCGGUCUGUCAGAAGAUCAUCCACGGAGCAGGAAAGUUGCCACGUCACAUGAGAACGCACACGGGAGAGAAACCCUUUCAGUGCACGGCCUGUGGCGUCCGUUUCACACGGAACGACAAGCUGAAGAUUCACAUGAGGAAACACACGGGCGAGAGGCCGUAUCCCUGCACCAGCUGCCCGGCUCGCUUCCUGCACUCCUACGACCUGAAGAACCAUCUGUCGUUACACAGCGGGGAUCGGCCUUUCGAGUGCCCACUCUGCCACAAGGCCUUCGCCCGUGAGGACCAUCUGCAGCGCCACAGAAAGGGCCACAGCUGUUUGGAGCUGCGCACCCGUCGCCCGCGUCGUGGUAACGGCCAGGACCCCGCCGCCUCUCCGACGUCCGAUUCGUACGAUCUCGAGCGUGCGAGCGCGCUGGCAGCCGCCCGACACCUGUACCAGCAAGACGGCCACAGCGUGCCGAUUCAGUUACUGGGGCCUGGCGGGAUACCCAUCCCUGAGUUGAUGUGGAGGGCGAUCGGUACACCCCUGGGGGAAACGUUGAAAAAAGGAGGGGGGAACUCGUCUCCACACAGUAGUACAUCAGUUACGCAUAAAAAAUGGGAGGAGGAUGAAGAUGAGGAAGACAAGGUUUAAAAGAUGGAGAAAGAGUGAAAACGCUUGUCUGUGUGUGUGUCUUGUGUGUGUGUGUGUGUGUGUGUGUGUGUGUGUGUGUGUGUGUGUGUGUGUGUGUGUGUGUGUGUGUGUGUUAUCAUCUUCUUCUUCCUUCAUACAAUUCAAACUUUCUUCUUUCAUACAAAGACCUAAUGGGUUAAACAGGGUUUGAAACUAUAUAAACUUUAUUUUGAGUUAAUGUUUGCAUUUAGAUUUACAGAAGAUUCGUAAGUGUGUGGAGAUUAAUAUUGUUCACACUAUGCAAAGAUAAAAGAGUGUUUGAACAAAUGUGGUAAAAAAGAAGAAUUAAAAGCAGCGUGUGGAUGUGUAAUAAUGAUGAUAUAUCGCCACCUGCAGACAGUGAAGUAGUAAAGCUCAGGGGUUUUUUUCUAUCGGCUCUGAAAUUUCCUUUCAUUCCAAAUGAAUGAUGAUUUUUCUAAACCAAAGACUGAGGUACCUUUGAAAGAAUUAUUUUUAGAUAGGAGCAUGCCUCAAAUCUCUCACACUUAUAAAGGGCUUCGUUGAAAAUGAGCCUGUGGGCCUUUUAUGUUUUUUUUCUCACUUAAAGAGCUUUAAUGAAUUUAAUAGUAGAAAAGUGAUUUAUAAUAAAUAAUAAUAAUAAGUGGAGGAUGAAACUCUUUUGUAAACAGUUGUAUUUAUUUAUUGGUUGGUUUAUUAUUUAUUGUGGCGUUUGGGUUAUUCUGCAUCUCUUCACAUCUUUCUGUCAGUCUGAAGUUAUUCCUCUUUGUGCUGAGACCUCAGUUAAAUUCUUGGGUCUGAUCUGAGAUCAGCUUUGCCUUUUUUCUCGUAAUGGCCUCAGGUAGAUGCAGUGUGAUGUCUGAUCUCCGAUCAGUGCCGUGCUUACGUCUGCUGCACGUAAAGUUAUUUUGCAUGUGUACAAGCUCAGGUGCUGUAGAAAACCGCAAAGAUUUCUGGGAUUCCUCUGCAGUCUCUUCUGUUUGCAAAGUUUUGCACAUAAAAUGUCUAAAUAAAAUCAUCUCUAGUGACCGGUACACAACAGAGAAUAAAAUAAUAAAGACAUCAUGCCUUUCUGAAGCAAAUACAUAUCUGAGAUGUUUAAAAAACAUAAGAUAAUAAAUGAUUUGUAUUGUAUAAAAAAUUUGUCAACUUUAACUUUAGUUGCCUUCAGAGCUAGGGAGGGGUUUUUUUUUGGGGGGGGGGGGCAACUCUUAAAUAUUAAAGCAUAUAUUUAUAAUCUAUAUAAGAGAGAAUGGGAAACAUGUCAGAAUGCAUUCUGGGUAAUGGAGUCUGGUGUGUGUGUUACUGUACUGUUGAACAUAGGGGGAAAAUACCCAAAGUGGUUUAUUUGCACUAAAAUGGGAUCUUUGUGCUUUGAAAUAUUUUCUUAUAUUCUUCAUAUUCAUUAGCAAUUUAUGAUUGUAAAUCCUUAAAUUUCUUGAAAAAAAAUCUGGUCAUAAAUACUUCUCAGAAGUUGUGAUGUAAUAAGGUUGUGCUGCCUUGGUAUAACUUUUUGUUUUCUUUUUUUGCAAAUAUUCUCAGGAAAUCUUGAGCCAUGCACUAAGUGGUUAUGCAGAUGUUUGAUAAAAUAUUAAUUUAUUGUAUAUAUUUGUGUUCAGCAAUAUGAACAGACCAGUUAGAAAGUAAAGUUUCGUUUACUUGCAUCUGUCAUUUAAAAAAGAAAGAAUAUUAGUUAUUGAUUAGGAAUUUUCUUUUAUGAGAAACGAUAAGUGAUUGAUUGUUUGUUUGUGUUGUGUUAUUGUAUGAAUCGGUGCUGGUUUGGGUGAAGGGACUGCUGGUUAAAGCCUCUGAUUCAGGGAUAAAUUUCUGUUCAUAGAGUUAACUCUUUCUCACUGAUGGCAAAUAUUGUCUCAUGUUGUACAAAUAAAGAGCAAAUAAACAAAGAUU